UCGCGCACCUGUUUCGAGCUAGCAGAAGAGAAGAAAAUGGCAAGGAUCCUCCAAAAGUCUGUCUUCAUUCUGGCAGUUUUGCUGCCUUUAAUAUCUGCUUUUGGUCGAUUUAAACACGGAAGGCCAAAACAUGGAAUGCUUGGAGCACCACCGAUAAAAGAGAAGUACAAUCUUCCUCCUGAUAUGUGGUUUGAACAGAAGUUAGAUCAUUUCAACGACGCCGAUCUGCGAACAUGGAAUCAGCGAUUCUUCAUUAACAGUACAUUCUACACUCCCGGGGGACCAGUUUUCUUGAUGAUCGGUGGAGAGGGCGAGGCCAACCCUGUUUGGAUGGUAGAUGGGGCGUGGGUUGAGUAUGCCAAGGAGAUGAACGCUUUCCUCAUCAUGUUGGAGCAUCGUUUCUACGGAAAGAGCCAUCCUACAGAGGAUAUGAGUGUUGAUAACUUGCAGUACCUCAGCAGUGAGCAAGCCCUCGCCGACUUGGCUCAUUUUAGGACAGUUAUUGGACAACAGAUGAAACUGGACAAGAACAAGUGGAUCUCAUUUGGAGGAUCAUAUCCAGGUUCUUUGUCAGCAUGGUUCAGGCUGAAGUACCCUCAUCUAGUGGUUGGGGCUAUCGCCACCAGUGCCCCCGUUCAAGCUCAACUGGAUUUCCCAGAGUAUUUGACGGUGGUACGUGACUCCCUAGCGACCAGUCGUGUGGGGUCAAAGUGCAACGAUGCGAUCCAGAAGGCAACCAACGAUAUCGACAUUCUAAUGAUGCAUAUGACAGGGUGGCAGACUCUCACCAAAAUUUUCAAUCUUUGUAGUCCACUAAACGGCUCAAGUAUAAAUGAUGUGGCAAACUUCUAUGAGACUAUCGCUGGAAACUUCAUGGAGAUUGUGCAGUACAACAAGGAUAACAAGGGUUUCGAGGGUGGUAGCAACAACGUCACCAUCGAUACCCUUUGUGACAUCAUGGCUAACGAAUCACUAGGAACGGAACUUUCACGUUACGCAGCCGUGAGUGCGCUGUUGAGCGACGGAGAAUGCGUUGAUGCAUCGUACGAGAAGAUGAUCGCCGAUAUGAGGGAGACCUCUUGGGACAGUGAGGCGGGGGUUGGAGGGAGACAGUGGACUUACCAGACAUGUACAGAGUUUGGCUUCUACCAGACCACUGACACUGAUCAACAACCGUUUGGACAACACUUUCCUCUCAGCUUCUCCAUUCAAAUGUGUGAGGAUAUCUAUGGCAAGCAGUUCAACAAAACUACCAACCAAGCUGGCGUAAACUUCACGAAUACAAACUACGGAGGAAGAGAAAUUGCAGCUUACAAUAUUGUAUUCCCCAACGGAUCUAUCGACCCAUGGCAUGCGUUAGGCAUCACCAAGUCAACAGAUAUGUACUCUGCAAUCUUCAUAAAUGGUACUGCUCACUGUGCCAAUAUGUACCCUCCAUCGCCGGACGAUCCACCCCAGCUAACUCAGGCCAGGACUCAAAUCAAAGACACCAUACAGAAAUGGCUCUCCCAAUAAUGCAUGGGUAAUUUCACAAGAUUGAGGCCAUAAUUGUGACGUAACGUUUCUUAGAAACCAUGUCUUAUUUCACCAAUCAAAUAUCAGCCAGCAACCACUCGUACAUAUACAUGUACUAGCAAUGGUCCCAGUUUGUGGAAUUCAAUCCCAUCGGACAUUAAGUUGUGCCAGUCAAGAGAGCUAUUCC